UUGCCUUCGAAGAAGGGAGCUUGUGGUCUGCUCGUGCCGUUCUCAAUCCGUUGUUAGGGUUUUGGUCUUCCAUUUCUGUUGCCUGAGAAGCCUAAUCUCAACGGACGCUGAUUCUUUUAAACAUCAGGAAUUGUAGCCAUGGGAAAGUGCUACCCAACCGUGAGUGAGGAAUACCAGAAGGCAGUCGAGAAAUGCAAGAAGAAACUCAGGGGAUUAAUCGCUGAGAAGAACUGCGCCCCUUUGAUGCUCCGAUUGGCAUGGCACUCAGCCGGAACCUUCGAUGUCAAAUCUAAGACAGGAGGUCCAUUCGGAACCAUGAAGCAACCAGCGGAGCUUGGUCACGCGGCCAACAACGGCCUUGAUAUCGCCGUUAGGCUCUUGGAGCCCAUCAAGGAACAGUUCCCAACCUUGUCGUAUGCUGACUUCUAUCAGUUGGCCGGUGUUGUUGCUGUUGAAAUUACCGGAGGACCUGAAAUUCCGUUCCACCCUGGAAGAGAGGACAAACCUGAGCCACCACCAGAAGGACGUCUGCCUGAUGCUACUAAGGGUUCGGACCAUCUGAGGCAAGUUUUUAGUGUACAAAUGGGACUCAGUGACAAGGAUAUUGUUGCUCUCUCUGGCGGCCACACCCUGGGAAGGUGCCACAAGGAGCGUUCUGGGUUUGAAGGAGCUUGGACUUUUAACCCUCUUAUCUUUGAUAACACCUACUUCAAGGAGCUCCUCAGUGGUGAGAAGGAAGGACUUCUCCAGCUGCCAUCCGACAAGGCCCUUCUGAGUGAUCCUGCCUUCCGUCCUUUAGUAGAGAAAUAUGCUGCGGAUGAGGAUGCUUUCUUCGCUGAUUAUACAGAUGCUCAUCUGAAACUCUCUGAGCUUGGGUUUGCUGAUGCGUAAGAGUGACGAGCUGUUGGCGGCAAGACAUAUUGUCAUCUGCUUUUUAUCAUGUUUAUUAGAACUAGUUAAGGCAAUUACUUGCAAUGAAGUUGGCUGGCUUUUGACUUCAAUUUCCCUAGUUUUGUUUUCAGAAAUUUCUGUGUAGCUCAUCAUCCACAUCCUUUGCACUUAAUUUCCUCUUAUUUUGGUGGUUGUUCCAGAGAAACGAAACAUCGAGUAGUAUCUACUUCAUGGUUUUCUUUAAUAUUUUGAAUUACUA